AACCGUUGGAGCUUCAAUUGACUGUGGCUCACAAUGUUGUUCUCUUUCAGUGCGCUGCAAGCGCUCUUGCUUGCAUUCUUUGCAGUCAGGACUGCGUCAAUUGCUAUUGGGAGGAAUCCCAAUGAUUGGAUAGCUCCCUACAAGAGGGGCGAGGUCUUGCAAGACAUCGUUACUUGGGAUGACAAGUCCAUAUUCAUCAAUGGCGAGCGGGUGCUCCUCUUCAGUGGAGAAAUUCAUCCUUUCAGGUUACCAGUACCUAGUCUAUGGCCGGAUAUCCUACAGAAGAUUAAAGCUUUGGGUUACAACUGCGUGUCUGUGUAUAUCGAUUGGGCUCUUCAUGAGGGAAAGCCGGGUGAUUUCUCUGCUGAGGGCGUCUUUGCUUGGGAGCCCUUCUUCGAUGCGGCAAAAGAGGCUGGGAUUUAUGUGCUUGCGCGCCCUGGUCCAUACAUUAACGCCGAGGUCAGUGGUGGUGGCUUUCCAGGCUGGCUCCAGCGUGUGCCAGGUGUGUUGAGAGACAACGACACGGCGUAUAUGGAGGCAACAAACAACUACGUUCAAAAAAUCAGUGAAAUUGUCGCCAAGGCCCAGAUCACCAAUGGUGGACCAGUCAUUCUCUUACAACCCGAAAAUGAAUACCAGUCCUUCAUUGAUGGAUUUCCGUUUCCCAACUUCAACUACUGGGACCAAGUCAAGGACCAGUACCGAAAAGCAGGGAUCGUGGUUCCUUUCAUCAGCAACGAAGCUUACCCAGCUGGCUACAUCACUCCUACCACUGAAGCUGAUAUUGACAUCUACGGCCACGACGGCUACCCACUCGGAUUCGACUGCGCAAAUCCAACCGUCUGGCCGGACGGCAAGUUGCCUUCUGAUUGGUGGAACACACAUUUGCGGCUUGCUCCAUCUACUCCAUUCUCAUUAGUCGAGUUUCAAGGUGGUGCUUUCGACCCAUGGGGUGGAAAUGGCUUCGACAAGUGUCUUUCACUUCUGAAUCAAGAGUUUGAGCGUGUCUUCUACAAGAAUAACUACGGAUACGGAGUCACCAUCUUCAAUAUCUAUAUGACAUGGGGUGGAACAAACUGGGGUAAUCUUGGUCACCCAGGUGGAUACACUUCAUACGACUAUGGUGCUGUGGUGGAUGAGAUGCGUCUCGUUAACCGUGAGAAAUAUAGCGAGGCCAAGCUCGAAGCCACGUUUCUGCACUCAUCUCCGGCAUACCUUGUAGCAGAUAGGAUCAACGGCUCCACAAGCUGGACAACUUCUCCCGAUAUCAUUGUUUUCCCCGCGACGACGGAGACCACCAAGUUCUAUUUCACAAGACACACAAAGUAUAACUCGCUCGAUUCGACCAGCUAUAAGCUUCACGUGUCCACUGCAUCAUAUGGUAACAUCACUAUUCCUCAAUUGAACAAUAGUCUGUCUCUGAACGGUAGAGACGCUAAAGUCCACGUGAGCGAUUACUCAGUCGGAGAUUUCAACAUCGUGUAUUCGUCAGCCGAGGUGUACACAUGGAAGAAGUACAACGAAAAGACUGUUCUUGUGGUAUAUGGAGGCCCCAAUGAGCAACACGAGCUUGCUAUUGAAGAUACUAGCGAAGGGUACGGCUCCGCUGAGACUAUCGAGGGAUCAGGUGUAGCCAUCGCACAAAAGACAGGAUACACCGUCCUUAAUUGGGCUACCUCAAGUGAGCGGAAGGUCGUAAAGACACCAUCAGGACUCUAUGUAUACCUCUUAGAUCGUAACGAGGCGUACAAUUACUGGGUACCUGCCACACCAGCUUCUUAUGGCCAGGGUUCUCUAAUUGUAAAAGCCGGAUAUCUCAUCCGUUCCGCAGUCACGGAUGGAACUACACUCAGUCUGAUCGGAGAUCUGAACGUUACAACGCCCAUUGAGAUUAUAGGCGGUGCACCUCAAGGGCUGACAGAUCUCCAAUUCAACGGAGAGUCACUCGACUUCAAGCAAGAUGAUGCAGGUGUUGUCACUGCCACCGCUGAGUUCAAGAAGCCGACCAUAAGCAUUCCAGACCUUGGAGCUGUGGAGUGGAAGUACAUUGAUAGCCUUCCGGAGAUCAAAGCAGACUACUCGGAUGAGACGUGGCCCGAUGCAGACCUGGAGAAGACUUAUAAUGAUAAGUACGAACAGCUCACCCCUACCAGUCUUUUCGCUGGAGACUACAGCUUUCAUAGUGGCAGUCUCGUGUUCCGUGGCCACUUCAAAGCAAAUGGCCAAGAAAGUAGCUUGACGAUAAACACACAGGGUGGCUCCGCAUACGGACACUCAAUUUGGCUCGGUGACAAGUUCGUUGGCUCCUGGGAAGGCAAUGAUGUGACCACAAAUUAUACAAGCACAAACACUCUACCCAACCUUAGCUCAGGACAAGACUAUGUACUGACAGUCGUCAUCGACCACAUGGGAUACGAUGAGAACUACGUUGUUGGCGAGGACGAAAUGAAGACCCCUCGUGGCAUCUUAGACUAUACACUAUCUGGUCAUGAUAAGUCAGAUGUAACAUGGAAGAUUACUGGUAAUCUUGGAGGCGAAGACUACGUUGACCGUGCCCGUGGUCCACUCAAUGAAGGCGCACUUUUCGUCGAACGUCAGGGAUACCACCUCCCUGCACCACCUGCAGAUGAUUGGGAGACCAGUGAAGGUCCCACUACAGGCAUUUCUGCCGCCGGCGUAGGAUUCUUCUCCACAUCCUUUGACCUAGACAUGCCAGAUGGCUACGACAUCCCCUUGUCGUUUGUCUUCACCAACGAAACCGAGUCUGCGUAUCGCGUGCAGCUGUUUGUCAACGGCUGGCAGUUUGGCAAGUAUGUGCACAAUGUCGGACCUCAGAGGAGCUUCCCUGUGCCAGAGGGCAUUCUGGACUAUCAUGGUACGAACUGGGUUGGACUGUCGCUUUGGGCGUUGGAGGCUGAUGGCGCCAAGGUCGAGAAGGUGGAGUUGGUGCCGCAGGCUGUGAUACAGACUGGGUUUGGAAAGGUGGAAAAUGCGCCGUUGACGAAGUGGGAGAAGAGAGAAGGGGCGUAUUGAUAGUUGUACUUCACAGUAUCACCCGAAUAAAAUGGACACGACGCGUCGUUGUGGUAAGGACAUUGUAGCUUGCCUGCUUGUUCGUCUCUG